AUACAUAGCACGCAAAAAAUUUAAUAAGACACAACAGGCAUCUUGUCGGGCUCUACUUUUUCAGAAAAAAGCGAUGAUUGAUUGUUUCUCUCUCCACAUUUUUUGCAACUCCUUGCAUACUCUUCUCUCCAAAACUAAACCUAUUUAUUAUUGCGUCCAAUUUUCAUAGUUAAGAAUAUGGGUAGGUUGUUUGUUGUUCAUCUUGAAGGGAAGAUCUAUAGCUGCAAACACUGUAGAACCCCUCUUGCUCUUUCUGAAGAUAUUGUUUCCAAGUCUUUCCACAGCAGACACGGGAAAGCUUAUCUCUUCAGUAAGGUUGUGAAUGUUUCUGUUGGAGAAAAAGAGGACAGACCGAUGCUCACUGGAAUGCAUACCGUGGCUGACAUUUUUUGUGUCGGUUGUGGAUCAAUUGUCGGAUGGACAUAUGAGACUGCUCAUGAAAAAAGUCAGAAAUACAAAGAAGGAAAAUCUGUUCUCGAACGGUUCAAGGUGUCAGGUCCUGAUGGCAGCAAUUAUUGGGUUAGUCAUGAAACACAUGUUGGUGGAAGUGAUGCAGAUGAUGCUUAAUAUCAUCCUCUCAUUCACAAUUAAAUUGUACAUUCUUUUAUCCCCCUUUCUAUGAUGAUGUUGUUUAAUGAAUUUGGAUUUAUAUGGGCAAUUUAGCAAAAUCAGCAUUUUGCCCAAAAACGCCAUUUAAAUUGGUGACUCUGAUGUAAAAAAAAUUAUGUUGCAAACUACUAAUCAAUCAUGUUAUUUAUCUUUAUUUGUGCUAA